AUGUCUUCAUCAACAGAAGAAUUUUAUAUAUUUGUGGAAAACUGGGACACGGAAACUCUCAUUAUUUUUUUAAAACAUCAAGAUCUGAAACUUGAAGAAAGACAUUUAGAAGUGCUUCGUAAGCAAGAAAUUAAUGGACAAGCCUUUCUUCUCUUGACUGAGGAAAAGCUUUUAGGCCCUCCUUAUAACCUUGCUGGUGGUCCUGCUUUAAUUCUUGCAGAGCAGAUUAAGAUAUUAAAAGAUAGUAAGAAGAGGGCAUUUUCAUCUUUCAAGACCCAGAAUGAUUUGAAAGAAGUUUUAAAAAAUCAUGGAAUCGUCGAUGGAUACAUCACCUAUAAAAUCAGAGAUGAUGAACCAGCUUUAAAAUUAUGCAUAGACAGCAUUCUACAAAGAUUAAGAAACAUGGGACCAGUAAUUGAUAGUAAUGAAGCAAUGAGAUGUGAAUAUAUUUCAGCAAUUUUGCAUUCUGCAGUUACAAUACUUAAAGGUCUUAUCAAAGAUCAUGCUACAAAUGUUUUCAUUUCACCUCAGUUAGAAGUAUCCAGCAUUGAAAGUCAUGGUCAUGUAGAUUAUGCAAUUAAAAAGCACCUAGACAAUGCGAUUGAGGAAAUUCUCUGUAUAACUGAAGGAAAGCAGUAUCAACCAGGAAUUGGAAUGGCACAAAAUAUUAUGCAAUGCAAAAGUUCAUGCGAUGUGAACAGGAGAAAAAGAAAGGCUGAGGAGGCAUUUGAAUCUGAUUAUGAGUAUGUCUAUGAAUACCGUAUUUCACUUACCGAAGCAUCUCUUAAAGAUUGUACUGCAUUAAAAAGUAACGUUAAAAGGAUUUUGGAAGUGAUUGUUGGAUUAUUGGAGGAUCGAGCAAAUAUUGACAUGUCACCAGCAACAAAGAAAGCAAGAAUUAAAGAAAUAUUUGCAAUUUCUGGUGGUGGUUAUAACACAGAGUGGGCCUUGGAGUCUGAAAAAUUAUAUGAUGAACUCAGUGUAGUCGAGCCGG